AGAGCACGUGACUGUCAGGCGUCAGAGGUGAAACUUCGCUCUGAAAGCGACAGCCGUCUCUCUCCUAGUACUAGGCAAAAAUGCCUGUUUUCACUAUCUCCAAAGAAGCAGCAAUUGGGACUGCAGCCCUUGGGGUCGCUGUCGUUGCCGGAUUCUUAGCAGGUAGACGAUAUUAUUCAGAAUUUGGUUUUGGAACUCCAAAAAGUUCAUCCUAUCUCCUAAGGAAAACCAGCCCAUUGCAGCAGUAUGUACUGGAUCACUCCCUCCGGGAACACCCUGCUCUAAAGAAGCUACGAUUGAUUACAUCAGACCAUCCCUAUAAAGAGAUGUUGGUGUGUUCUAAUCAGGCCCAGCUGAUGGCAAACCUGGCAAGGGUUAUCAAAGCAAAGAAGGUUCUUGAAAUAGGUGUUUUUACAGGGUAUAACACUUUAAACAUGGCUCUAGUCAUACCACAAGAUGGCAGAGUUGUUGCCUGUGACAUAAAUGAAGAUUUUGUCGAUAUUGGAAAGCCACUGUGGAAAGAGGCAGGAAUGGAGCAUAAAAUUGACCUAAGGAUAAAGCCUGCCAUCCAAACUCUAGAUGAGCUUUUGGCAAAUGGUGAAGCUGGAACAUUUGAUUUUGCUUUCAUAGAUGCUAAUAAAGAGAGUUACAAUGAUUACUAUGAAAAAUGUUUACAGCUCAUAAGAAAAGGAGGAAUAAUAGCUAUUGACAAUGUUUUGUGGUCGGGGAGAGUACUUAAGCCAGGAAAGGAUGACCUGGUAACUCGUCACCUCCAUCAGUUAAAUGAAAAGAUCUUCCGUGAUCCACGAGUUAAUAUAAGCAUGAUCCCAAUAGGGGAUGGGGUGACAUUGGCAUUUAAGCUACAAUAGAGAAGAAAGGCUGUAUAGAAGAUGGGCUGGGCCCUCCAAUCAUGGGGACAAUGAAUAUUAAAAUUAUGUAUAUUUUUGACUUUGUUUCAAUAAAAUUGCCUAGACUUGAAAUGAACAAUCAACAUAGAUUGUUUCCCUCUCUCUAUUGCAGCCACAGCUGAAAAUCAUGGAGGACACAGGAAAACUAUUCUGUAUGUUCUCAAUAUAGAAUUGUAAUACAUGUAGAUUUUUACAUACAAAAUCAUACAAACAAAAGAAGCUUCAAAAUGUACAAGCCAUUCAAAUUAUUUUAUAGAACACAAUGAAUACCAGUCUCUUAAAUUAACAGUUCCCAUAGCUGUGUGUGAGUGUGUGUCAGAAAAUCAUGCACAUGCCAGGUGGGGUGGGUGGGGAAGAAAGGAAAGGAAAAGUGUAUAGCCUAGCUUGCCCAGUGGCAAUAAAGCAAAUGCAGCUGGGCAGGAACCCAUUUAUCCUUUGAUGCAACUACUUCCAUCUUCAUAUGAUGGAAAGUUGGGGGAGGACUGUAGCUCAAUAGUAGGGCAUCUGCUUUGUAUGCAAAAGGUCCAGGUUCAAUCCUCGGCAUCUCCAGGUAGGACUGGAAGAGACCUCUGCCUGAAAUGCUGGUGUUGGCGUGGAAAAUAUGAGUGCCUCAAGUAGCAACCCCAAAUGGAUCUAAACUAUCCCCUUGCAGGCUUACGAGUGUUCCAAAAUGCAUCUCUUCUUAGCCUUUCCAGGCUUGUGCUAAGUAUGUGUUAAUUCUUUGUAAAGUACUGGCAUUUAGAAUUUGUUGAAGUUGCCUUUCUGUAUCUAGGACAAAGGCAAAGAAUGUGUUCCCUGCAGAGGAACAAACUUGUUUGUUCUUUUCCAAUAAGUCAUGAAGGGUGUGAGUCAAAGUGUGAUAACUUUAAGAACAGGAAGACAGGAAGAGUGAAAAUGCACCUUUUGUUCUCUUAUUAUGUCUGUUUACAGCUUUGUUUGAUGACUCUGUCUUUGAUCUGUUUACUGUUCACCAUGCCUUGAUGAUCUAUAAAAUGUUGGUGCUUCCUAAAUAAAGUUGUCCAUCUGGCCAUUGCUGUCUCCCAGUUGGACCGAGAGCUGCUUUGUGUGGGUGGAACCUUUGGCCAAAGA